AUGGAUUUGCAUUGUCUUGCAAAAAAGCUACUUGAAAGAAUUAUGACUCACAUAAAGAAAACUGAAAAUAUUGAACAGCUUAAUGUUGCAGGACACGCAAUUCUAGAAGUACAAGACCUAAAGGACGACUUGAUAGGAAGCAAAGAAAUAGCUGAAAAGAUGAUAGAGGGAAUCAACGAAUCGGUGGAGCUAAAUAUCGAGGAAAUCAGCAGAAUAGAAAGAAAAGUAAGCAAGGCAGAAGAGGAAAUAAGGAGCUUAGAAGAAAAAAUAAGGAUCCUUAACGAGGAUGAAGAAGAUAAUCAAAAACGAGUUGCUCGCCUGGAAGGAGAAGUUUUUGGAAAAGACGGACAGAUAGCACAUUUAAAUAAAAAAGUAGAGCGACACGAAAUCAAAUUAAAAAAGAUAGAAAGCGCUCUUUAUACAGGCCAGAUUGCCUUCGACUUCGAGAAGGACCUUGCCACAUACGUCUACCCACAUGAUAAGAAAUUCGGUUCCCGCAAAAUAUUUACAAACAUGAAAAAAUGGCUAGAGGAGAAAAAGGACACCCUACAAGGAAGUAAAGCAAAUGAAAAGUGGAAUGCAUUGCAGAGCGAGUUUUUGUGGUCAAGUGAACAUGAAAGAGUAUUUUUUAAACUACUCGAGUCCAGGAAACAGUUUGCGCACCCGAUAGUUGAUCGGGAUGCGGUUCAGUGGCAGAUAUCGGACGACUUCACCGAUGAAGAAAAGAUGCGUGUUAAAGAUAUCGUCAACAUCAUUGAGCGAGUGAACGAAUUAAUGCAGUAG